AUAAAUCUCUACAGGACGAACUCAGUCGAGAAGAAAAGAUAGCAGAUAUGAACCAAGAGAUAUUCACAAAUUUCCGGUGAUAUUACGUAGGCGUGAAUGACUCCUCGCUUAUUAGUGCAUGGGCGGUUUCAGUAAGUUAGAGCAGUAGUUUCGGAGACAGUAUCGGUAUUAGUAGCGCUUUUCCAUGUUUCACCUAAUCGGCUUGUGGAGGAAUGCAGCAGAAGAUGAGCGACGAUCUAGUACCAACGGCAGAGAUGAAUGGAAAACUGAACUUUAAGUUUCUGCGAAUCAUAUUAAAACAGGAGUGAAAAGAUCUGAAGAAGAGGGAGCCUAUGGCGGUGGAGAAUGGAAUUUGUCCUCUUAUAAACCAUACUAUGUCCGGGAGCCCCACAAUGUCGGGUCUGAUGUUCUCAGGCGGAGUCGUGGGAAACCUAGUCGCUCUUUUGCUUCUGGAGGUCCAUCGGAGGAGGGAGCAGGUCCGUCAGCGCCAGUCGCUCUUCCACAUACUGGUGACUGUACUUGUGGUUACGGACCUUCUGGGAACCAUAUCCUUAAGCCCACUUGUACUGGCUUCUUACGCGACUAAAGUGUCUCUGGUGGGAAUGAAUAAGCACGUCUGUACAUACUUCGGAUUUAGCAUGACUUUUUUCAGCCUGAGCACCUUGGCCAUUCUUUUCACCAUGGCUCUGGAGCGCUGGAUCUCAAUAGGAAAUCCUUAUUUCUACGAGAGGCACGUUACCAAGCGUUGCGGAUACAUCUCGGUAGCUUUCAUAUUCAUCGUUUGCAUCUGUUUCUCCGUGUUACCCUUAAUGAACUUCGGGGAAUUUGUGCAGUACUGCCCGGGCACCUGGUGCUUCAUUCACAUGCAACACGAAAUGAUCCAGCACAUAGUUUACGUCAACCUGUAUGCCACUCUGAUGCUCGUCAUCAUAUCCUCGGUAGUGCUCUGUAACGUGUCCGUCAUCUGUCACUUGGUCCUCAUGUACCGAAGGCGCAAACUCAACCAAGGAUCCACAGUAAGAAGGAACCGGCGGUAUAAGAGGUCCCUGUCUAUGUCAGAAGAAGUCGAACAUAUGAUCCUAUUGGUGUUUAUGACGGUGGCUUUCCUCAUUUGCUCAGUUCCACUAGUGAUCCAUGUGUACAUCAACACAGCAUCCAAGUCUGCAAGUGGCUCCAAGAAUUACCUUGGAGCUCUCCGCCUCCUCUCCAUGAACUCUAUCAUAGAUCCCUGGGUCUAUAUUAUCCUUAGCCCAUCUGUGCUGCGCUUUCUGCGCAGGACCUUGUGCAAACAGGGCCAGCGAAGCAGGCAUGGAGUGGAUGAAGAUGUGGGCACCCCGUCAAGGCUCUCCAAUUACAGCACCUCUGUGGAGCUCAACAAAGUCCAGAUCAUGCCCUGGGUUAACUAGCUGAAUGCCAGACAGGCAAUUCCCAGAUCCCCGAUGACUCUUUACUUGACCGCCAUUUCUAUAAUGUGUCCUCUCUAUAACCGGACAAUUUUUGGCACUUUUUCCACUGAUCCCAUCGAACUUGAAUGCAAACAGCAAAUACCAGCUCCAGAGAAGGUUCCCGGGAAUUACGAGUGCGUAAGCGGCUAUAGGGGCGGGUUACACCCCUCUGGCUUUGCCAGAGCUUGACAACAUGACUGUAAGACUUUGAUAGUAAACAUCACUCUCAAUGUGUAAUUGCAAAGUUAUUUGUAAAAUAAAUCAAAAUGUUUUACUCUUA